AUGACCAGAUUCAGUGAACUCCGACGCCCCUCUAAAAUCAAAUGAUAGCGCAGCCACGGUUGCGUCUCUCUUCCGAAAGUAAAAUUAAGGGGAAUGAUGAAUCUUAUCAGAGAUAUUUGCACACACACAAAAAAACAAAAAACAAAAAAAAAACGAAAUCUAACACAUAAAUUAUAAUUAUCAGCUCUUUUAUAUACUCAGCUCAUUGCUUAUUUGUCAAGCGCAUAACUGUGCACUCUGUUUUCAUUCAUUUUGUCACACAAUCACUCUUACUAUGUCUUUUUCAGAGUUCAAACCGCUUAAUGAGAACACACUCAUCGAAUACAUUCAAUCCGUCCCUUCCCUCUCAUCAAAACUUGCCAACAAUUUCUCCGACAUAUCCGUUAAAGAAAUCGGAGAUGGCAACCUUAACCUUGUCUUUAUUGUCUCUAGUUCCACAGCUUCUUUUGUCAUCAAACAGGCUCUGCCAUACGUUCGUUUAGUAGGUGAAUCAUGGAAGAUGACAAAAGAGAGAGCAUAUUUUGAGUCUUUAGCGUUAAAAGAAAAGGGUCGAUUGAGCCCUGAUCAUGUACCAGAAGUGUAUCAUUUUGACCGUACAAUGUCUUUGAUUGGUAUGCGUUAUCUUGAGCCACCACACAUAAUCCUCAGAAAAGGAUUGGUUGCUGGUGUUGAAUAUCCUUUGUUAGCUCAACACAUGUCUGAUUUCAUUGCAAACACACUCUUCUUUUCGUCGCUGCUUUACCGUUCUACUACUGAGCAUAAACGGGAGGUUGCUGAUUUCUGUGGGAACGUUGAGUUAUGCAGGCUCACUGAGCAGGUUGUUUUCUCUGAUCCUUAUAAAGUUUCUGAACAUAAUCGAUGGACUUCUCCUUAUCUUGAUCGCGAUGUUGAGGCUAUUCGCAACGACAAUCUACUGAAGCUUGAAGUUGCUGAACUGAAAUCAAAGUUCUGUGAGAGGGCUCAAGCACUAAUACAUGCAGAUCUCCACACUAGUUCUGUGAUGGUUACUCGUGAAUCAACUCAAAUUAUUGAUCCUGAAUUUGCCUUUUAUGGACCAAUGGGUUUUGAUCUUGGAGCAUUCUUUGGAAACUUGAUUUUGGCUUUCUUUUCUCAAGAUGGACAUGCUAAUGAAACAAACGAUCGAAAAGCAUAUAAGGAGUGGAUUCUUAAGACAAUUGAAGAUACUUGGAAUCUUUUCCACACAAAAUUCAUUGCUCUUUGGGAUGAACACAGAAAUGGGGCUGGUGAGGCAUAUCUUCCAGGAAUCUAUAACAAUCCUGAGGUUCAGCUGCUUGUACAGAAGAAAUACAUGACAGAGUUGUUUAAUGACAGUCUCGGAUUCGGCGCUGCCAAAAUGAUUAGAAGAAUUGUUGGUGUGGCACAUGUUGAGGAUUUUGAAUCAAUUAUUGAUGCUGCUAAACGUGCAUCCUGUGAGAGGCGGGCACUUGAUUUAGCUAAGAUGCUUCUCAAAGAAAGAACAAAAUUUGAGGGAAUUUCUCAAGUUGUCUCAGCAAUUAGGCAAUUUUAGUUCUCAAUAAAAAAAUGUUUUACUACAUCAAAGCCAUCUUUAUACAAAUCUUGAUUAGAUAAAUGUAUACAAAUAUUGAUCAUAAAGGGUGAAGCUUGAUUGAAUAAGUUUAUACAAAUGCUGGUUAAAUAUA